GCAGACAUGAAAGAGAAGAACCCUUGGCACAAAUGUGGCAUUGUGGCGGUGGCUGUCAUUGGCGUCAUUGCUGUGGUGGUCCUGGUGGCCAUCUUGGUAGUCCAGAACAUGCCGCUCUCACAGAAAUACAAGUAUGGGAUCGUGUUGGACGCCGGCUCGUCGCACACGACCGUCUUCAUUUACGAGUGGCCAGCCGAGAAGGACAAUAACACAGGGCGCGCCCAGCAGAAACAUGCCUGUAAUGUCAAAGGCAAGGGGAUCUCCAGCUACGCGGAGACGCCGUGGAAAGCCGGCCAGUCUUUGAGGGAGUGCAUGCAAGAAGCGGAGAUAACCAUCCCCCAUGAAAGACAUGCUGAGACGCCCCUCUACUUGGGGGCCACCGCGGGCAUGAGGCUGCUCAAUAUGAAGAACAGCACAGCUUCGGAUGAGGUGUUCAGGGCCGUGUCGGACGCCCUGCAGACCUUCCCCUUCUCCUACCAGGGCGCCAGAAUCCUCAGCGGCCAGGAGGAAGGUGCCUUCGGAUGGGUCACCGUCAACUACCUGGACGACCGCCUCAAACAGGGCCUGAAAACCACGGGGGCCCUGGACCUCGGCGGGGCGUCCACCCAGAUUAGCUUUGUGUCCAAAACGUGGGACGGCACCGAGUCGCCCGCCAACUCUGUGACCUUCCGCCUCUACGGAAACGACUACAACCUUUACACACACAGCUUCCUGUGUUAUGGGAAGGAUCAGGCUCUCAGAAUGGCAAUGGCGCAACAAACGCGGUCAGGUCCUUCGAGUAUAAAUGACCCGUGCUUCCACCCCGGCUUCGUGGAAACAAAGAACUACUCGGAUCUCUACGACAGCCCCUGCGUGUCGGACAGGAAGCCUCAGGCGGCUCCCGCGUCCUUUCAACACACUGGACUCGGAAACUUCCAACAAUGCCAGGACGUCGUCCGGACCCUGUUCAAUUUCAGCCAAUGCAAAUACAGCCGCUGCUCAUUUAACGGCGUCUUCCAGCCUCCCUUAGAGGGGUUAUUUGGGGCGUUUUCAGCCUACUACUAUGCCAUGGACUUCUUCAAACUAACCAACAUGUCCAUCCCUCUGGAUGAGGUCAAGGAGAGGAUUGCCAAUUUUUGUGCUACACCCUGGGAAAAGGUCAAGGAGGAGAAUCCAAAGGUGAAGUUAAAGUUUUUAGUGGCGUACUGCUUUGCCGGCACCUACCUCAUCACCCUGCUGACGGAAGGAUACAACUUCACCUCAGAAAUGUACUCCAAUAUCAAAUUCAUUGACAAGAUUAAAGGCAGCGACGCUGGUUGGACUCUGGGCUACAUGUUGAACCUGACCAACAUGAUUCCCGCCGAGGCCCCAGACGCGCCGCCGCUGCCAUACGGCAGCUACGUGGCUGUUGUCACCAUCAUGGCUGCUUUACUGUUGUUCCUCCUCUUGCUCGCCGUAUGCGCCUUCAGGCCUGGAUGCACCAAGCAGCCGCAAAUCGUAUAG